AUGGAGGCUGAACGAGAGAAAAUGCGACGGAAUAUAAGGGAAAAGUACAACUUGAAGAAGAAGGACACUCCGAAUGAAAACGUCGAAGGACGGAUAAUGGGGAUACGUAAAACGCCUGAGCAGGUGGCCCUCGAACAGCAGCAAGCAGAUGACAGUAUUGUUGGCCAACUUGGUCUAACGGAAGCGCUAGAGAAAGCAAAAACGGCAGUGAAUGGAGCGAUGGAUACAGUGAAGGGCAUAUUGCCCUUUGGACCGUUUUCAAAAUGA